AAAUAGUGAAAAUCAACUGAAAUAAUCCGUUUUUGUAUUGAUAUCACGUAUUCCAGAUCAGCAAUGAAGACAAUGAAUUUAGACUCUAGAAACUGAUUAAUUUUAUAUUACUGUCAUAGUAUACAACAUGAACAUGCAGUCUCGAAACAUUGAAAAAAUUAUCAAAAAUGAAUUCUGUGAAGUUAACUUUUGAUGAAGGCUUUUCUAUACACUAAUCCUGACAAUUAUUCAAUCAAUCAAUAAACCUGUUCAACGAUCAAUCAAUCAAGAUGAGUUUAUUUCGACGGAAGAAGACGGGAAAGGUUAUCCCUGUUAAAAUCAGUACGAUGGACGCAGAACUAGAGUUCAGUCUCGAUUAUAAGGCUACUGGCCAGGAACUCUUUGAUCUAGUAUGUAGAACUAUCGGUUUGCGUGAAACUUGGUAUUUCGGUCUUCAGUUUCAGGAUUGCAAGAAUUAUAUUGCCUGGUUGAAAUUAGACAAAAAGGUGAUGGAUCAGCCGGAUAUACUUAGUCAUUCCCCUGUUCAGUUCCUCUUCCUGGCCAAAUUCUAUCCAGAGGAUGUUUCUGAGGAGCUUGUUCAAGAAAUAACUCAACAUCUUUUCUUUCUACAGGUUAAACAAUCCAUACUGAACAUGGAUAUAUACUGUCCUCCUGAAGCUAGUGUACUGCUCGCCAGCUAUGCAGUACAGGCUAAGUAUGGGGACUAUGAUGAAGCUAGCUACCAACCUGGACUACUUGCUAACGAAGAUCUCCUGCCCCAACGUGUAAUUGAUCAGUAUAAGAUGACACGGGAGAUGUGGGAGGAAAGAAUUAAGGUUUGGUAUGCAGACCAUAGGGGAAUGUCUCGAGAUGAGGCUGAGAUGGAAUACUUGAAAAUAGCACAGGAUCUAGACAUGUGCGGUGUUAACUAUUUCCAGAUAUUUAACAAGAAGGAAUCAGAUCUAUGGUUGGGUGUCACAAAUCUAGGUUUAAAUAUUUACGAAAAUGAGAAUAAGUUAACUCCAAAAAUCAUGUUUCCCUGGUCCGAGAUCAGAAACAUCAGUUUUGAUGAUAAGAAAUUUAUAAUAAAAACCGUUGAUAAAUCCUCCUCAAACUUUACUUUCUACUCAAAGAAAUUGCGAAUGAAUAAACUGAUCCUUGAUUUAUGUAUUGGAAACCAUGAUUUAUUCAUGAAACGACGGAAGCCCGACACAAUGGAGGUUCAGCAAAUGAAAGCUCAGGCUAAAGAAGAAAAGCUGAGACGACAAAUAGAGCGGAGUAAACUAGCACGUGAGAAGCAGCUGAGAGAAGAGGUGGAGAGAGAGAAGGCAGCCUUGGAGACAAGGCUUAUACAAUACCAGGAGGAGGUUAGACAAGCUAAGGAAGCGCUACAGCGAAGUGAAGAGAGUGCUGAACUCCUGGCUGAGAAAUCUAUGGUAGCUCAUCAGGAAGCUAUGCUACUUCAGCAGAAAGCUAGUGAGGCUGAAGCUGAGGUACAGAGGAUCAAGGUUUCUGUAAUUAAAACUGAGGAGGAGAGGCAGCAUAUGGAGAGGAAGUCACGUGAGAGUGAGCUGGUCAUGCGCCGGAUACUAGAGGACGCUGAGCGGCGGAAGAACGAGGCGGAGAACCUCCGCCUGGAGGUUCAGCAGGCUAGGGAGGCGGAGAAGGAAGCAAAAAACAAACUUCUUGAGUUCUUGAAUAUCUCUGUAACAGAGAUGAAAGGUUCGCCUACAGGAGGUUCAGGGGGUACUCCGGCUCCCUCCUGGAAUACAGGGAACUCCUGGCAGAGGAACGGGUACUCUCCGGGGGACAUGGAGCGGAGACAAGGUUCAAAUCUGUCUCCAGAAUUUAUUCAUGAACUGAGGAACCAGAGUUUUGAUCAGGGGAAUCAGGGACACCAUGGAAACCAGUUCUCUUUACAUCUUCAGAAUGAGGAACUCACCCAGUCAGCAUUGGAUAUCAGUAAUGGUUUUAAUGGAAGGCAUCUAAGUCAUUUCUCUGUUCCCAACCUGUCCAUACCAGCCUACGCCCACAGGUUUGAUUUAUCCUCGUCUGUUUCCCAUGAAUUAAUGACAGAAAACGACAUGGAGGCGUUGUCCCUUGAGAUUGAGCGAGAACGCUGGCAGUAUUUGGAGAAGAGUAAAACUCUUCAAGAUCAGCUAAUCACAUUCAAAUCAGAGAUUGACGAACUCAAGGUUGAUGAGAAUAUGAGUGAACUUGAUAAACUACAUUCAGAGCAACAACAUCUGGGAGACAAUAAGUACUCAACUAUUCAGAAGAGGAAUAGAACCAAGAAUAUAAUACAACUAUAUAAACAAUACAAAUAGUAACUAACAAAAUGUAUGAAGCUUUAAUAUCAAAUAUUUAGAUGUUUUUCCAAAAAAAAAUUAUUUUACAAAAAAUCUGUCCAAAAAUCAGCAAGACCAAAAAGGCUGUUUAAUAGUAAGACGACAUUUAACAAUCAGUAUAUUUUAAGAAAAUAUUUUUACCAUUAGAUUGAAAAUUAAUUUCAAAGCGGAAACAGGGUUUUGAACACUGCACAAUCGCCGUGGACUUUUUAAAAUUAUAACUUGAUUCUUACAGUCGUCUUUAUGUAAAACUAUUCUGUGGGUCUCCUUCUAGAAUUAGAAAACGGUAAUUCUAGCCAACUAGAUCUCUAGUUAGAUCUAUCAAUAUCAAUCUUCAUUAAGAUCUAUGCAAAUAGAUUUACAGUAAUAUCUAUCAAUAUAGAUCUCUAGUUAGAUCUAUCAAUAUCAAUCUUCAUUAAGAUCUAUCUAAAUAGAUCUACAUAAGAUCUUUCAAUAUAGAUCUUUAGUUAGAUCUAUCAAUAUAAAUCUUCAUUAAGAUCUAUCCGAAUAGAUCUACAGUAAGCUCUAUCUCAAUAGAUCCACAGUAAGCUGUAUCCAAAUAGAUCUUCAGUAAAAGAUCUAUCCAAAUAGAUCUACAGUAAGCUCUAUCCAAAAAGAUCUACAGUAAGAUCUAUCCAAAUAGAUCUCUAGUUAUAUCUAUCAAUAUAAAUCUUCAUUAAGAUCUAUCCAAAUAGAUUUACAGUAAGCUCUAUCCAAAUAGAUCUUUAAUUAGAUCUAUCAAUAUAAAUCUUCAUUAAGAUGUAUCCUUAUAGAUCUUCAGUAAAAGAUCUAUCCAAAUAGAUCUACAGUAAGUUCUAACUAAAUAGAUCUUUAGUUAGAUCUAUCAAUAUAAAUCUUCAUUAAGAUCUAUCCAAAUAGAUCUUCAGUAAAAGAUCUUUCCAAAUAGAUCUACAGUAAGAUCUAUUCAAAUAGAUCUACAGUAAAAUCUAUUCAAAUAGAUCUACAGUAAGCUCUAUGCAAAUAGAUCUACAGUAAGAUCUAUCCAAAUAGAUCUCUAGUUAGAUUUAUCAACAUAAAUCUUCAUUAAGAUCUAUUAAUUAUUCAUUAAUAAUUGUGGUGUGAUAUAAAUGUGCCUUAUCUUAAAAAGUUGUUAAUUGUUGAAAUAUAUUUUACACAAACUUA